AUGCUGCUGGGGGUCUGGCAGGCACUGCUCGCCCUGCUCCUCCCCAUGCUGCUGGCACGGGGAGAAGCCAGGGUGAGGGGGCGUCUCCAGGCCCGCAAUGCCACCAGGCCCGCUCUGCUGAGGCUGUCAGAUUACCUCCUGGCCAACUACAGGAAGGGUGUGCGACCCGUGAGGGACUGGAGGAAGCCAACUACCGUGGCUGUGGACGUCAUGGUCUAUGCCAUCCUCAACGUGGAUGAGAAGAAUCAGGUCCUGACCACCUACAUCUGGUACCGGCAGUUCUGGAUUGAUGAGUUCCUCCAGUGGAACCCUGAGGACUUUGACAACAUCACCAGGUUUUCCAUCCCCAAGGACAGCAUCUGGGUCCCGGACAUUCUCAUCAAUGAGUUUGUGGACGUGGGGAAGUCUCCAGACAUCCCGUACGUGUAUGUUCGACAUGACGGUCAGGUGCGGAACUACAAGCCCCUCCAGGUGGUGACUGCCUGCAGCCUCGACAUCUAUAACUUCCCCUUCGACGUGCAGAACUGCUCGCUGACCUUCACCAGCUGGCUGCAUACCAUCCAGGACAUCAACAUCUCCCUGUGGCGCUUGCCAGAAAAGGUGAAGUCUGACAAAAGCGUCUUCAUGAACCAGGGCGAGUGGGAGCUGCUGGGGGUGCUGACGCAGUAUCGGGAGUUCAGUAUCGAAAGCAAUGACUGUUAUGCAGAAAUGAAGUUCUCCGUGGUCAUCCGCCGGAGGCCCCUGUUCUAUGUGGUCAGCCUGCUGCUGCCCAGUAUCUUCCUCAUGGUCAUGGACAUCAUGGGCUUCUACCUGCCCCCAGACAGUGGUGAGAGGGUCUCCUUCAAGAUUACACUCCUCCUGGGCUACUCCGUCUUCCUGAUCAUUGUGUCCGACACGUUGCCGGCCACUGCCAUUGGUACUCCCCUCAUCGGUAUCUACUUUGUGGUAUGCAUGGCUCUGCUGGUGAUAAGCUUGGCCGAGACCAUCCUCAUCGUGCGGCUGGUGCAUAAGCAGGACCUGCAGCAGCCCGUGCCUGCCUGGCUGCGGCGCCUGGUUCUGGAGAGAACAGGAACCACCCAGCUGCUGUGCCUAGGAGACUGGUCAACCUCCCAGAGGCCCCCUGCCAUCCCCCAAUCUACCAAGACUGAUGACUGUUCAGCCAUGGGAAACCACUGCAGCCAUUUGGAAGGACCCCGGGACCUGGAGAAGACCCUGAGGGGCAGAGGCAGCCCUCCCCCACCGCCACGGGAGGCCUCGCUGGCCGUGCGCGGGCUGCUGCAGGAGCUUUCUUCCAUCCGGCACUUCCUGGAGAAGCGGGAUGAGAUCCGAGAGGUGGCCCGGGACUGGCUGCACGUGGGCUCCGUGCUGGACAAGCUGCUCUUCCGCGUCUACGUGCUGGCGGUGCUGGCCUACAGCAUCACCCUGAUCAUGCUCUGGUCCAUCUGGCAGUAUGCUUGA